AUGGAGUUAGAGGAGGAGAUUCUUUCUGAUAAAAUCAACCUAGCUGUGCUUCAAUUUAGAGCCAAGAAUUAUGGGAAAUGUGCUUCCAUUUACGCGGAACUAGUUCUGAAUUUAUUGUCUCUUGAAGAUAGUCGCGUGAUCAAGAUCAGAAGAUUUCAUGGCCUAAGUGAUCGACCACCAUACGGUAAAUUGGUGCACCCUAAACUUUGUGCAAUAUUGGAUCAAAGGGCAGCAACAUUUGAGAAGUUAAAGGCGCUUCGAUCGGCUCGUCAGGAUGCUGAGCAAAUCAUUACUUUGGACCCGAUCAAUUGCAAAGGAUACUUAAGGCUUGGUAAACUUCACCUAAUGGCGAAUGACAAGGUCGCUGCGUAUAAAAUCUACCAGCAGGGUAUCUACGUGAUUAAAAAGGCUUUAGAGAAAAAUAAUUUCACCGUUCCAGAGAGGCUCUGGCUGCAAUUGCAGUCCCUGUACAAAGAAGUAAAUGGUCUUUUGAAACAAGAGCGAGCUUUUACUAAGUCGGAAAGCGAGCUGAGAGUAUCAAGUGAGGCUGAUAAUCUUGUGGGAUUGCUGGGCCUGUCAAAAAAUCCAAAAAAUCCAAAGAGGACCUCAAGACACACUCCUAAUUAUUCACGUGGGUUACAGGGUCAACUAGAUAGGAUGCUUCCAUUGAAACGGGCAGCCACUGAACCUAUGGUACCGUCAAAAAGACAUAAGCCACAUCUAGAUAUUUUCGAGGUUUUUCCAAGGGAAAUCAUUGAAGCAGUAUUCGUGAACCUCUCUUUCAAGGACGUUUUAGGAGCUCAUUUGGUAUGCAAAUUCUGGUACGAUACGCUUGUCUCGAUUCCCAAAUUAUACCGAGGCAACUUCACACUCAAACAUCGUGUCACUGCUUCAGAAUACCUUAAUGGGUUGAAACUAAUGAAAAAAGUUCUGAGCUUUCUGUACAGCAAGUCCUUGCACCUGCUUAGUGUAUGGUCUACUUAUAACAUGCAAAAUUUGGGCAAAAUAAUCGAGAGUGUAAUAUCGGAUCGAAGCUUGAAACUUGCACGGCUCCAUAUCAUUGACAAAUACUUAUCGAUGGGAUUUCUCUUACAGAAAUUGGAUGCGUGCAAAUGGAACUAUAGCGGUCUUGCGUCCGUGCAACACUUACGACUCGGCAUAAAUUCAUCUCUUGUCAGCGAGACCCUCCUCUUUGAAUUAUUCCCCAACCUUCAAACUUUGGAAAUCCUCGUCGUCGACCAGAUACCUCAAAAAUCAAACAUGCUGCUACUACCCAUUGCUUCCAAGAAAUAUCAGCAAUUAGUUUCGACAGCUUCUACUUUGAAAAGCCAGCCUUUUUUGAAGAAAUUAUUGUUGGUCAAUCAUCCGUUGUUGAAACGUGACCACCAGUCUUCGCGCCCUGGUGAGAACACAUUCGAUCCGAGACCCCCGUUCAUGAAAUUAUCAUUUUGUGCCCUUACUGAAUUGAAAGUAACUAGCUACGACUUUGCCGGUCUAGCAGUCGAUUUGCAAGAAUUUUUGAGAGAGACUCAUUUUUUGACCGAAAUAUAUUUGGAGAACAAUGAAGAGCUUUCUCUCAAAAAAUUUCUUUUGUUGCUUGCUCUGUGCUCUCCCAGUUUCAGGCUCAAAAAAUUGACUCUCAGAGAGAGUCAUCAAGAGGGGCGCUACGAUAUAGAUGAGAUUGUUUCCGAUGAUCUAGGGUGUCUCAAUGCAUUAUCAUACCUCGAUAUAUACGGGUCAUCGAUCACAAGUCUUGGGUUUUUGAAGCUUUUGACACUUGCAAACAAGGACGGCCACAUGAAGCACAUAAAUAUUGGCCACUCAAGCUACAUUCAAUUCAAGAACGACAACUUUGUCUCAGGGAAUAUGGUGUUAAGAUUCGCGCAAGUGUUCCAGAUCGCACCAGGGAUUGAGUCCCUCUAUGUGCCAGAACUCAGUCUCGAUAACCUAUCCAUGAGACUUCUACAGGAAGACUUCUCCAGUUUUUACGGCAAACUCAAGAAUGCACCGAAACUUCGAAAUCUAGACCUUUCGUUUUGCCACCUGAUUGAUGGGAUUGGCCUCAUGAACUUAUUUCGCAGCAGCUCAUCCAGUCCGGAACUCAUGAAGCUAGACACGCUCACCCUAGACGGAAUGCACUUUAAACCGGAAACAUUACAACUCUUACAGAAGAAAGGCCUUGUUCAAAAGCUAUUGAACGAUCCGUUUAAGAAGAAAUGGAAGUUGUAUGGCACUAAUUCUUUUGUUCUCGAAACUGAUUGA